AUGGCUGCUCUCACACCUGCAUCCAAGAAGGCCAUAGCGAAUCUUCRUGCUUUCACCGCCCCUCCCACAAACUACUACCGAUGUCCUUUGACGCGUCGUGCGGCAGUGCUCAUCCUGCUGUUCGCUGACAAGCGGGGCGAUCUGCGGGUCGUCUUGACCAUCCGAAGUCUAGCGUUGAAGAACUAUGCUGGCCAGGCGGCCCUUCCAGGCGGCAAAGCAGAUACUCUCGCCGAAACACCUUUCACUACGGCCCGCCGUGAGGCGUUUGAGGAAAUCGGAUUGCCCAUGUCCGAUCAUGCUCUUCCUCCAGGAUAUACAGUUGAGCACCUUACAGAGCUUMCCGCAAACCUGGCCAUGACCGAGCUUGGCGUAAGACCAUGCGUAGCAUACUUGAAAACACCAGCUCCAAGCGACAGGAACAAGGAUCCAGAUGCCUCGAGGGACAUUCUCCCCAAAAUACAACUCGAUGAAGUUGCGGCAGUGUUCACAGCUCCCUUUGAAAACUUCCUCCAUGAAACAGAUCUGGAUGAGGAGAUCAGGAAAAACGUUCCAGGGGAGUGGUAUAGAGGGAGCUGGCAUAGCUGGCAUGAAAGUGCAUGGAGGAUGCAUCAGUUCUUUGUACCAGUGGCCCCUUCAUCUGUCUUCCUGGCCAAGAAGCCAAGUGCAUACACAGAUCCCAGGCCUCCGAAACCCCCUACUUCUUCUACGACCAACAAACGAUCUACUCCGUCCUCUUCUUCCGGGUCCACGCUACAGCCUCCUCUGCCGAAGUCGUUCUAUACCAACACGAAUAAUGCUCUGGAACAGCCUCGAUAUCGAGUAUUUGGCAUGACGGCGAGGAUACUGGUGGAUGCUGCUAGGGUGGCGUAUGGAAGGGAGCCUGAGUAUGAGCACAAUAGUCACUUUGGAGAUGAGGACAUGAUGGCGAAACUUAUGAAGAUUGGACGGUUGAGUGCCAUAAAAAAAGAGGGAGAGACCUUGACAAGGGAUGUUAUGAGGGAAGCGGCCAAAGCGAAAAUUUGA